AUCCCCUCUAGUUUUGAUUGUUUCUUUCUCCUGUGUGCUAAACAUUCCCCUGUGUGAGAGGAAUGAUCUGUUGGGGUGAACGUCUCAUAAGCUGUUGUCACCCAACAGAACUUGUGAGGAGCUCAGGUGCUCUUCCUCUUGUUUUGCCCCUUCUGAGGACAGGGCUGGCAAUGCUCCCUCUGGACUAUUGAGGGCAAAGCCUGAGAGAAAUAUUGGGCACAUUCCUGAAAUGUAGGGUACAUUGAAAUGAAGCACAGCCUAUUCAACAGAGGCAGCCCAUUUCAUUGCUCUGCAAUCUCUGACCUUCAUUCUUAAUUCUCUUCUUUUCAGUUCAUGGAGAAUUUAUAGUUGUAUCAGGCAAAUCAUCGGAGCCUGAUGUUGUCACUCUCGGUGAUGAUGAUGAAUCUCCUAUGUGCAGAGCCAGGAAUUGUUAUUAAGUGUCCAAUUUGCAUGGACUUUUACUCGGAGAUUGGGCAAAGUGCACGAGAGCUUGUGUCAAUCGUGUUCUGCAGCGCGUGCCUCCCUGCUGCCCUGGACACUACCAGCAUGUGCCCAACCUGCAGAGCGGAAUGCAAUCCAGAAAUGUAUUUUCCAGUUUAUUUAGGAGUGCUUCUGUUUCUCAGGAGUCAGAUGGAUCCUGGGGAAUAGGCAAUGUAGAGGCUUGUUUCUUUAUGUAUAUAGUUCUUCCUGUACAUAGUUUCAUUUUUGCUGAGUUUAGUUAGAAAUAAAGUUUUGAUUGAUUUAAA